AUCAAUAAAAAGGAACAGAAGAACCCAAUUAGUUAAAGCCUGCUUUAGCAGCUUCAGUGCGACUUCCCUCCUGAAUAAAAAGAAUGCUUUUCUGUUUGCAGAAAGCUGCUCUCUUGGCAGAGUUCUAAGGCCUGGGAACAGCCAUUGAGAUUGUUUCAAACAAUCUGGUCCCAAAUCAUAUAGGAAUUUAGAAGUCAUAGCCAGCUCUUUAAAUUAGCCUGGAAGCAGACUACUGUAAUAGUCAGUGGAGUUCUCCAUAAAAACAGUGAGUUAAAUAGCAUGAUUGUAGUAUUCUGGACCGGUUAAGGUUUUCAGACAUUUGGAGCAUAAAGCAGUUGAAAGGAAUACAUUAUUUAACAGCAUGCAGUACAAUACAGUACAAUGCAAUAUUCAAAAGCAUACAGAAGUUCAAGAGAAGUUCAAGUGGAAUGACACUAAGACAUCUCUCAUUAUAGCCAGAUCUAUUAACUUCCUAUAAACUCCUCCCCUAUUCUCUCCAUCAAUGUUUCUCAACCUUGGCAACUUGAAGAUGGGUGGACUUCAUCUCCCAGAAUUCCCCAGCCAGCUAUGCUCUACAGGAUACUUACUGGUGUUUCCAAGGUGAAAAGAAGGUGCCUCCUCAGUGAUAGGGCGCUCUGAUUUACAAUCAAAAGAUUCCAGCUUUCAUCUCUGGCCUCUCCAGAUAUUCCUGGUAAAGAUUCUAGUCUGACACUGGAGGAACCACUGCCAGCUAGUACAGAGAAUAUUUAACUAAGGGACUAAGGAAGAUAAAGGAAUUUCUUAUGGUCCUAUUUUAGAACAUGGAACCCUCUUUAUGAAAAAUUGCAGGUAACUUACAAAAGUUUGAAACUUACAAAAAAAGGUGGCAUUGUCCAAAAGUAUUCAGUCUACUCCUAAAACUGUUGUCUUAUAUUUUUGUCAUGGAAUAGCAAAGAACAAUGGUCACAUAUAUUGUAGUGAUGCUUAUUCUGUCUUCAAGUAAGAAUUGCAUCCUACUUUGUGGCCCCAGUUCCAGAAAAGGUCCUGUGGCAGAUACCUUUGAUGCCACAUUUAAUUAUGAUUGAUGAAGGUCUUUUGUAGACGAGAUGCAUCUGAAAGCCUAGACCAACGUCUAGAUUUUAUUUUCCAGAGCAAAUGCCUUUUUUCUUCUACAUAUUUCUUACUCUGCCCUUUUCUCCACUUGGAUCAUAGGAUUGCAGGGAGAGUAGUGUUCUAGAGAGUGAGCUGAGGAGCAUGGAUCAUGCUUUCACUACAUCCUCUGGGUAGUGGUCAAGAUAUCUUGAAGAGUUGGCUAUUCGACUUUUUAAUUUGCCUUUUCAUCUUUCACCUUGUCACUUGUAAUAAUUUGCUUUUUGAAUGAUGGGUUUCUGUGCCUCCUCAAUUUGCUUCUUCUCUCCCUACAGAUUAUGAACAUCAUCAAUGAGAAUGAGGCAGCAUUUUUCUCUUCCCUCUUGCAAGGGCGCCGAGUUAUAAACCGAACUCUCCAGAAAUUGAAUCAUUCCAGAGUCUUCCCAGGCGAGAUAGCUUGGUCUCUCUAUAAAAAUUUGGGGUUCCCCCUGGAUCUCAUUAAAUUGAUGCUUGAAGAAAAAGGCGUACAGCUAGACGUUGCUACUUUUGAUCAUCUGGCUCAAGAACAUGCUGAACACAGUGCUAAGUUGCAGCAGCAACAGCAGCCACAGAGUGCUGGCAUGCGGCUGGAUGUGCUUUCAUUGGCCCAGCUGCAGCAGCGGAAUGUGCCUAUUACUGAUGAUUCCCCCAAGUAUGACUAUAAACUUGGACAAGAUGGGAAAUAUGUGUUCAAGCCAUGUCAAGCCACUGUCCUGGCACUCUAUAAAGAUUGGACUCUCCAAGAGGAAGUUUCUGGAAAACAACACUGUGGGGUUCUGCUAGACAGGACUUGCUUCUACGCUGAGCAGGGUGGUCAGGCAUCUGAUCAAGGCUAUAUGGUGUGUGGCAGACAGCAGGAUGUACUUUUCCCUGUUGAAUCAGUACAAGUAUUUGGUGGCUAUGUAAUCCAUGAAGUCUUCGUUUCAGAAACCCUGAAGGUUGGGGACCAAGUACACCUCUUUGUGGACGAGGCCCAGAGACUAGCCUCCAUGAGGAACCACACAGCUACCCACUUGUUAAACUUUGCACUCCGCCAAGUCUUGGGAGGCUGCACAGAACAGCGGGGAUCCAGCGUGACUGCUGAGCAGCUGCGAUUUUUUGUCAACACCAAGGCCCCCAUAAAAACAGAGAAUCUGCAAGAGGUAGAAAGUGUGAUCCAAGAGAUGAUCAAAAGGAAUGAAACGGUCUACACAGGAGAAGUACCCAUCAAUCUGACCAGUGAUGUUCUAGGACUUCGGAAACUGGAUAUGGUGUAUCCUGAUCUGGUGCGUGUGGUGUCAGUAGGUGUCCCAGUUGAAAAGCUCUUGGCUGAGGGUUCUAAGUAUGCAAUGAGUACCUCUGUGGAACUGUGCUGUGGAGUACACCUUCUGCAAACAGGAGAUAUACAAGACUUCACCAUCAUCUCAGAGCGGCAGAUGAUUAAAGGAAUCAGCCAUAUUGUUGCAGUGACAGGAGAGCAAGCCAGACAAACUCGGGAUAUUGGCCAGUUCUUGGCUAAAGAGGUGGAUUCACUUGCUACCCGAGUAAAAUUGGGAGGAGCCUCAGUUAAUGAAGCGUGGCGAAUCUCCAAGGAAGUUGGUCAGCUGACUGAUAGGGUGGACACUACCAAAAUGACCCAGUGGCGGAAAAGGAAACUGCAGGCCACUCUCAAAACACUGCAGCAAGCAGCCAAUAAUGCCCAUAGAAAAAUGGAAAUCAAACUGGCUGCAGAGAAGGUGCAAGACUUGCUGACAAAGUAUUCCAACGAACCAGUCAUCAUUGAUACUAUUCCUGCUGAAUCACCCUCUAUCUUGAUGAAAGCAGUCAAUCAACUGUGUAACAAAGUGCCAGGGGCUUCAGUGAUGUUGCUUAGCUCACAAGCACCUGACCAGGUGUUUUGCGCUUGCCAGGUAUCCAAGAAUUCUUUAGCAAAGGUUUCUGCAGCUGACUGGGCUCUCGCUGUCUGUACUCAAAUGGGAGGCAAAGCAGAUGGUUCUGGAGUUGUGGCUAAAGGCAUGGCGAAGACUGAUGAUUUGCAGAUGGUGCUGGCAGCAGCACGAGAAUAUGCAAAGAAUAUAUUUUGAUGCUCAGUUGCGAGGAAUCUGGAUGUUCACUUGAAUGACUAUGAAUCCUAAUGAACUAUGUACAUGAUGGUCCUGCAACACUGCUGAGUCUUCUGGAUUAUCGAACUGGUAGAACGAGC